GCCCCGACCCGCCGGCUCCCGGCAGGCUCUCGAGAACGCAGGCCGCUCGCCGGGCCCGCGCGCCACGGGCAGCGGCGGGGGAGGGGGGCGGCGGCGGCCCGUGCGUGCCGCGGCCGGUCACGUGGGCGGCGGUGGCGAGCGGCGGCAGCGGCGGCAGCAGCAGCGGCGGCAGCAGCAGUGGCAGCAUGGCGGCGGCGCUGGGCGGCCUGGGCCUGCUGCAAGGCCGAGUCAGGCUGGCAGCUGCAGCCGCUGCGGCCUCCUCCCUCGGCCAUUCCGGCCGCCGGGCGCCGUUGCGGAGAGGAGGAGGAGGCGCUGCCGCCGCCGCUCUCCCCUUGGCUGGGAGGACAUACGGUUCCCAUGCGAAAGAAGAGGAGGAGCUGCGGGUCCAGUACCUGGAUGACGAGCACAAAGGAAUUGUGGUGCUUGGAUUAAACAGAUCUCAUGCCAAGAACGCACUUAGCAAAAAUCUUUUAAAAAUGAUGUCAAAAGCUGUGGAUGCUUUGAAAUCUGAUAAGAAAGUACGAACUGUUAUAAUCCGGAGUGAAGUUCCAGGGAUAUUCUGUGCUGGUGCUGACCUUAAAGAAAGAGCAAAAAUGCACGCAAGUGAAGUUAGUUCUUUUGUCUCAAAAGCAAGAGCAACUAUUAAUGAAAUGGCUAAUCUGCCUGUACCUACUAUUGCUGCAAUAGAUGGAGCUGCGUUAGGUGGUGGCCUAGAACUUGCAUUAGCCUGUGAUAUAAGAGUGGCAGCCUCUUCUGCUAAAAUGGGCCUAGUUGAAACAAAGUUGGCAAUCAUUCCAGGUGCAGGGGGAACACAGAGGUUACCUCGGACCAUUGGAAUGUCUUUGGCAAAAGAACUUAUCUUCUCUGCACGUAUUGUAAAUGGCGAGGAAGCAAAAUCAAUAGGAUUGAUUAGCCAUGUUGUAGAACAGAAUGAAGCAGGGGAUGCUGCAUACCGAAGAGCAUUAGCUCUGGCAAGAGAAUUUUUACCUCAGGGACCAGUAGCAAUGAGAGUUGCAAAACUGGCCAUCAAUCAGGGAAUGGAGGUCGACCUAGUAACAGGUUUAGCAAUUGAAGAAGCUUGUUAUGCUCAGACUAUUCCAACAAAAGAUAGAAUUGAAGGUCUUCUUGCGUUUAAGGAGAAGAGACCUCCUCGCUACAAGGGAGAAUAGAAGAAACUGGUGCCUUUAAAAUACAGUGGGAUAAAAGUACUGCUGUGAGGACCAUUAGGUGCACUUUGCAUCCUCACUUGGAAUAUCAUAGCCACCAAACGAAGAGCAAAUCAUGCUGAUGUUAUAACAUUUUGAUUGUGUCCAUACUUGCACUGGGCCCAGAUAGAGAUGUAUGUCAACUCAUGCUCAUUACAAUUUCUGAAGGUUUAUCUGUGCACUGGCAAGGUCACAGGUUCAUGCAGCAUUUUUAAAAAUUUCAGAUGUAUGAAACAUACCAUUCCACAAUUGAAAAAGCUCUGUAAAUUCUUUAUAUAGAGAAAACCUAUAUGUGAUGUUAAGUAUAAAUCAGCUGUAUCAUUUUAUAAAAAAAAACCAACUACUGAACACCAAAAAAAAGAAAUUGUACCAAUAUGCAUUUAAAUGAUUCUGCAUACCACUAAAAAUUAUAUUUGAGUAUUCUACCUUAAUAUGUACGUUAUUAAUAAAGCUAAGGGAAAUGAAAAUAUUAUUGUAUGGAAAAUGUGAAGCUUUAAUUGUGUGAUUUAUGCUAUUCUAAGUAAAAUGAAAUUAGCUUUAGCAAAUAAUGGCAUCCUUAUGAUUAUUGCCGUUAUAUUCAUUUAAUUGUACUAAAUGAAGACACUUUUGAGACUAGCCUUUAACUGUUCAUUCUUGUAUGUUAAACCUGGCCUUAUCUUUCAUUCUUCCAACAUACCAUCUGAUAAGCACUGUCUGCUGUAAUGGAACCUUAUUUCAUGUGCCUGAGUUAUUUUAAAUUUUUUAUUAUUGUAUUAAAGAAUGUGGUGCAGGUUUGCAACUAAUGCACUAUGAAAGAAACUAGAAUUCUCUUAAGCUCCAGAAUAUUCCUUUUGAAGUUCCUGAUAAUCUGUAUUUUAUACAACAGGGAUGCUAUUGAAAUGUUCUUUAUUCUGUGGCAGCCUCAGUGUUCUUUUCAUACAUAGAGAAAAAUCCAGUAGGUUACAAGGUGAGAAAACCACUGAGGGUCAUACUGUGAAUUUGCUGUGGGUAUGGUGUAUAAACCAGAUGUAACUUCUUAGAAAGUAUUUUUCUUACCUUGUCUGAAAAAUAAACAUGGCUUAGCAGUCAGAAACCGUGUUUUUAUAUGAAAACAAAUUUCUUCAUGUUUGGUUAGCACUGGCUCACAAAAUUUCUGCAUGCUCUGCUUUUUCUGCAACAUUAACUAUGGUCACUGUCCAUAUCUAUGAUCAUAAAGCAGCUGAUCAAUAUGAAAUGACAAGAACUCAAUUAAAUUCCUAUUUAGACAUAUCAUUACAUGUAAAUUGAUUAUAACUGAUAGGACACACACUUUGUUGACUGGUAAACUUGCUGAGUUGAGCACUUCAUUCACAAUAAUUUGCAAAUCAAGUACCAGUGCUUGUUUUGAUAGUCACAUAAAGCCUGUAGGGUUGUUUUCUCAUGUUUUUGAAAUGCUAACAUGUUAUUUUUACUGAGUAGGAAAUAAUUAUGAUAAUAAGUAAAAAAAUAAUGUCUGUUCUGACA